AUUUACAAGCUGUAGGAGCAAAAUUUUUGAGCAAAAGAUGUGGUUCAUCUAUGAGGAGCACUUUAUCAAUGCUUCAUAAAUUUUUGUUUGUGGGUGAUUAUUUCAAUUUUAUUUUCCAAGUGCUUCAGUUUUAUUAAAGAUGGCAACUGAUCCUCAUACGAAAUAUAAAACAAUGGAGAAUGUUCUUCAGAAAAUAAACAACAAAUUCAUCGCUUUACCAGAAGAAGAAACUAAGCGAAAUACAAUCAUUUUGGAUAAGGUAACAGAACAAUUAAUAGAAAAGAUGAAAGAUGGGAAUGUACUAUUCAACAAAAUGUUCCAAAAAAUCUUUUAUGGAGGAAGUUAUUAUGAUAAAUUGAAGGUUGGAAAACCAGAAGAAUACGAUUUAGAUUUCCUACUCACUUUUCCUGAAAAUGGGGAACCUACUAUAGAAGUUAGCGAUAAACCGGGGUUUGUGAAUGUCGUGAUAAAUAAUUAUCGGGACAUAUCUAGUACGAACAUCAAUGAGAAAAAGUGCGAUAAAUACGAGAGUUUGUUGGUAGAAACAAAAUAUCUCUCAACAUUAGAAGUGCUGAAAUGGUUUGAAAGAGUAUUAGAUAAGGCAUUGAAGGAGUUUCUAAAAGUUGAAGGUGAAGGCCAUUUAUUUAAAGUGAAGUUAAAUGUCGAAGAUGAAUUGGACGUUUAUGGAACCCUUGUGAAAGCAUUUCCAGCGUUCACACUUAAGUUGAAAUCUAAAGAUAUCAAGUUGGAUUUGGAUCUGGUUCCAUGUUUUCAAUUUACCGAUACUGAUUGGCCAAAGGGAAAUUAUAAACCAAAUCCAUUUCCUCAGAAGAAGACAUUCUUGGUAGUUCCUAAAAGUCCUAAAUGUGAAGGAGAACAAAUUAAAGGUAUUGUAAAAUAUUGGCGGCUUUCGUUUCAAGAACAGGAGCGACUUAUUUUGACAGGAGAUCAAUACAACAACAUGAAAGCUGUUCUUAGGUUAUUGAAAAAACUGAGAGAUCAAAAGAAUCACAAAAUCGCCAGUUAUUAUAUAAAAACAAUGUUUCUAUGGGAAGUUGAUACACGCGAGCCCGCCUUUUGGUCUCAAUCAUUGAGUGUUGUCUUCAUGGAGAUGUUAAGAAAAUACGAAGAAUUAUUGCGGAUUAAAAACAUACCAUAUUAUUGGAAUACGGAUUAUAAUCUAAUUGCUCAUUUAAAAGAAGUUACCAUUAUCGGUAUUGCUAAUUUUAUAAAAAAAGUUAUAGAGAACGUUGACAGGAGAAUAACAGAAGAUGCUUUCGUGAUUGCAACUUACAUACUAUGCGAAGAAGACGUGAAUGAAUUGAAAAAAGAAGUUGAUAUAGGAAAAAAGAAUAAAAAACUCAUAGGUACCCAAUCAUCUUCAUUGGUAGACACCGUUGAGAAGAGUGAACAUUUGGAGAAAAUAAUGGAAUCUCUAGAUUCUUUACAUCAAAAAUUAGAUCGUUUGAUAAACUGGAAUAUUGAUUUGGAGGGAAAAAUAAAACAAAUUGAUGAAAAAGUAGAAAACCUUAGUAGAAGACUUUUUACUGUUGAAAGAUCUAUAGAAAUCGAUUCAUUCUCUAAUAGGAGUUGGAUUUAUCUAUAG